AAAAAUCUAGAACGAUUCAUUUUAGAAAAGAACUCACUAGAAGUCAUGCUGUCCAUUACAGUUAAUGUGAUUUCAUUGACAUUUCUCAAAUGCAUGCUCAACUUAUUAUUAUUAAGAAUUAACUAGAUGAUGUUGUCCAACGGUAAGUGAAAUUUUUGAAGCUUCAUCAGCUUUUUUCCUUCUGUCUUCACUAUUAGUUGCAGAUGGCGAGCAAUUUCCAGUAUUAAAAGCAGACCUUACAAUUUUGCUUUGCCAGCCUCAGAUGUCUGGAGAGCCUACAACUUCCGACUCUGGAUUUCAGUAAUAAAGAGGGUCGUAGGAUGCGUGCGCUCGGAGUCGUGGCUAUGCAGCCUUCACGUGCGUGCUACUUUAGCUUUACCUCGGUCGCCCUACAGAUAUUCUUCUUGCGAGAGAAAUGUUUUGCGUGUAUAUCCAGAUUCGAACAGGCAAUAAACAUGGGAGUAGAUCUAUAAGACAAAAAAAAAAAAGGGUUCUAGGUUUCAUGUUCGAUAGUGCCGCAUCGUUUUGGUGGGUGACCUCUCUCAGCAGGAAACGAAGUGUUUCUACGCCUGGUUGGAAUUUUCGCCAAUGAAGACAUCCUUUUAGGUGUCUUUCUGGACUCCACUGUAACGGAAGCCAUGAGGUGCGCGCACUCAACCUCGUGAUAUUGGAGCCAAAAAAUGUGAAUUCCUCUAGCGCUGUUGAUGUUUAGAAUAUAUCCCAAACUGAGUAAGCAGACAUGUCGUCCGAAGAGGACGAAGGAACUUCGGGCUCAGUAACAGAGAUUGAAUGGUGGCUUCGUGGAUACGUACGUGAAGCCAGCCGCCAAGGAUGGAAUCUAAGCCGUCAGGUGUCAGCGGUCAUCGAAGCGUUUGAAGCAUACCGAGAUUUAUCCAGCACCAGCAAGCAACGAGACCCGUAUCAAAUGAUAAAUCUACGGCAAAUCGACUAUACAGUGACUAUAUCUGAUGAUUCGGACGAGGCGGAAGCUGGCUCCUUUGAGGACCUUCGCGAAAGUCAACGUACUGAAUCUAAACCGAAAGACAUUAACGCAAAGAUUCUCGUAAAAGAAGAACCAGUCGAGGCUACUGAUGAUAACAAUGUGCAACUAUCCGAACUCAACGUUGAAAAACAUAGGGAGAGUCCUGCCAGGCCCCGCGGAACAGAACAUCUGUUACCUACUCAAAAGGUUUCGCUACAAUCGCGAUUCCCGACUAAGAUUAUGUCUGAUAUUGAAGAGGGAUCGCAUGAAGAGAGUGAAAAUUUGCUAACGAAUAUUGAUAUGUCACCUAAAUGCGGCUUGGUAUUAUUGCCUUUAAAUGGUAAGGAUUCCAUAUUGAAUCAACAACAUGAAACUUCAUGUGCUCUCCGGGAGGUUCCUAUCAACCAAAAUAAUUGUGACUCAAAAAUUAAUAACCUCUACGUAACUGGUUUACACUCAUCUUCUUUUCUACAAAAUACGGCUAUUUCGAAUCAGGAACCUCAAGCUUCCUUAAAACAGAUACGUAUUAAGCAGGAGAGGUGUGACAACACAUCAAUUGUGUACAGUAAUAGGGACGUGUCGGAAGAGCUGCUCGCCACCCAAAAGCUUCCGUCGCCAAAGCGAAGAACUCGAAUAGAUCCAACAACGAUGCCUCACAUGUCAUGGACUAUUAAGAACGAGUCGAAUAACAACCAUUUACAACAUUCUCUAUUAACCCAGGCGAUUCCCUCUCACCGGCAGCAUAAUCAGCACACUGUUGAACUCGUUGUAAAAAAUAAAGCUAAAGAAAAUCUAGCUCAGACAACAGGUUUGCCCUGCAACGCUCGAAAACUCUCACCUAGGUUUAGUGAGAUUCCAAAAGUACGACCUGGACAUAGCAAUAGUUAUAUCUCAUAUGAUAAGCUGACCAAAAAAUUGGAGUGGAAUAGCCAAAUUACCAUAGCAGCGUAUAAUAACAUCUGUUCUGCUCGGUCUCAGACGAAAAGUUUAUUAGAUAAGAAUUUAUCUAACAGCGACAUAGACGUUGCUGAUGCCAGCUGCGAGGACAAUGCCACCCAGUUACUUGAUUACCCGUUUUCACGAAUCAAAAGCUUGGAUAAUGCAACAACAUCAUUAACGGAUCUUCCUUUAGUUAGCUUGGACGAGCCUUGGGUGGAAGGUGACGAGACAAGGGACUUUGGCCAAGAAGACACGCAUCUCCUACGUUAAAAUAUGUAUAACUCGAUAGUAGGUUCUGCAGUUCUACUUUCAUGUGAUAAUAACAGUUUCAAUAUGUACUAUCAUUCAGGCUUUACGCCAAGCCCUCAGCUCCAA